AUGCUGUACGAUUAUCAACCGCAGCGUUAUCAGCAGCAGCACCUGCCGCAAGGAGGAGUGGACCUAGGCGUAGGGGCCAGCGUCGUGAUGCCGAAAAAAGACUCCAAAUCCGAUGAAGGCGGCCGCAAGAGCAAGCUGAGCCAGGCGGCUGCGGCCAAACUGGAGCAACAGCAACAACAGCAGCAACAGCAGCAGCAACAACAACAACAGGACGACGGCACAGGCAUGAAGGGUGGCGGUCCGGUUCGGCCAGGUUCGGUGGGUCCGGGUGGUCCCGGUGGCAUGAAACCCUCGGACGCUUGCAGUAUUAACGCCGGCGGUGGUCCCGGAGGACCGAAUAGCGGUGUAAUGGACGCACUGGGCAAAGGAGGAGGUUCCGUGAUGGGUGGUGGAGGUCCGCUAGACGGUGUCGGAGGUCACCCGCUCGAUGGGAAGAUGAAUCCCGGGCUGGCGGGGAUGAUGGCAGGCAACAAGCCUUCGAAUAAGCUGGAGUACACGCAACAACAGAGCCAGAUUUUCGUUUUCUCGACGGCGCUGGCGAAUAAGGGCGCCGAGGCGGUGCUUAGUGGGCAGUUCAACUCGAUCGUUGCAUAUCACUGCGCCCAGAUGCAGAAACAGAACCGACUCGGGGGCCCAGGUCCGGAUGAGAUGAGCGGGAACAGCGUUGGACCGGGCGCGAUGUCACCGUGGAUGGACCACGGGCAUGGACACGGUUCGCCCGAUCACCACCCGAUGGGACCGCGUGGUCUUGGAUCGGGAGGGCCACCGGAUGGGAUGAAAAAGUCCGCUACCAUUCACCACACAGCGAACUCGUCCUGCCUCGAGGGUGACGGUUCCCUGCCGAUGUUUGGCGGUGGUGGAGGCCCAGAUGGACACAUGCCACCGCAUAUGCGUAUGGGACCGGGCGGAGGCCCUCUCGACCCGUCCGUGGUGAUGGGCAAGAAGUCGGCCACCAUUCAUCACACACCCAACGCGUGCAUGGACCAGGAUGGCAGCGGAUUGCCGAUGUACCCGUCCGAUGGCCAUGUCGGGCACAUGCGAAUGAACCCGGACGGUAUGUCGAAGCCUUCGACGAUUCAUCACACGCCCAGUUCGUGUAUGGAAGGAGACGGAAGCGGAGAUCCGACCGGAGGCCACCCGGGGGUGAAAAUGGAAAACCCGUCACCCGUUGGGUCGCACAUUUCACCGAGCGGCGGUGGAGGCGUCCCGGGUGGUGGCCCAGGUGGUGGCCAUGGUGGGCCCGUCAUGGGACCGGGUGGAGGAGGUCCCGGAGGUAGCCACUCGAGCUCGACAAUCAUCGACCAGAUGAACUCGCUCGUGGCUUCGUUGCCACUGAUGAAGGGCGGUAACGUGUUGUCGCAGUCUCGGGGCCACCCGCAGCCCUCGUUGCAGGGCGUGAAAGUGCCGGAUGAAAACCUGACGCCGCAGCAGCGGCAACAUCGGGAGCAGCAGCUUGCCACACUGCGCCAGAUGCAGAAGAUGUUCUUUCCCGAGCAGAGGGCCAUGGGUAUGGACCCGCACGGUAUGGGCAUGCGGCCACAGUUUCGGGGACCCGCUGCCGGUAUGCCACCGGAUUUCGGGGGCCCAUCGAAUCGACCGCUAAAUCCUGCCUUCAUGAACACGCCCCUCGGUAGCGGUGGCGUGGGUGGACCGGGAAUGGGAGGCCCGGUAGAUGGUGGUCCCGGACCGGGUCCGGGACCGGGGCCUGGCAUGAUCAACGAGCAGAUUCCACCGAUGCAAUACAACAAACCGAACAUGAUGAACCCGGGAAUGUAUGGUGGCGGUAUGGGAGGCGGCGGAGGUGGCCACGGUGGACCGAUGGGUGGACCAAUGGGAGGCCCGAUGGGUGGUCCCGGUGGGCCGAUGGGUGGCCCGAUGGGAGGCCCUGGAGGACCCAUGGGAGGACCUGGAGGUGGUGGUCCCAUGAACCGCAUGUACAAAGCAGACCCCGAUCCCAUCUUCCCGCCCAUGACGGAGAUGGGUGGAUACGUGGGUGGAGGGGGCGGCGGUGGCGGUGGAGUGAUGAACAAUCACGGUCCAAACAUGUUCAACCCCGGCAUGCAGCAACGGAUGGGGAUGCCACCGGGAGGCGGUGGUCCCGGACCCGGCGGAGGUGGCCCCAUGGGUGGAGGUCCCGGAGGUCACAUGAUGGGUGGCCCGAAGAUGGGCCCGGAUCCGUCGAUGCUAGGCGGUCCGAUACCACAGUCGCCACUGAUGGACGAUGACCUCGGCAAAGGUUCGAUGCAACAGCAGCAGCAACAGAUGAUGCUUCCCGCAAAUCCGCCUCUUCCGCAGCAACCGGGCACACCAACCGGUGGUAUCGGCAGUAAUGGGGGCCCGAUGUCGGUGGGCAUGAACCCGGGUCUAAACCCAAACGGCGCCAAUGGAACUGCGAACAAUAACGGCAAGACGAAAGAACCAUCCGUUUCGCCCGAGCAGCAGCAGCAGCAAGGAGGUCCUGGAUCGAAUCAGCAGCAGCAAGGUCCCGGCAGUCAACAGGGACCCCUGACGCCGCAGACGCCCCAGGGAGGACAGCAAACACCCGGCCAGCCACUCACCCCACAGACGUCGAUGGCUGGGUCGUAGAACACGCCCGCAGAAGCAGAACAGCUCCAUCUCGGAACGAAUGAUUGCGAAUGUCCUGGAAUGGAAGUGAGAAUCGAACGAGCUGUGGCGUGAAUGUGGCAAAGGAAGCGUAGAACACCCGAGUGUCGACCACCUUACGUCCCUCAGGAAUGUCCUACCUACCUAGCCUUGCACACAACGGAACAAGCACACACACACACACAAACACGUGAACAUACACAAACAUAUUACACACAUGAGCAACAAAUCUGCCUUAUCACUACCGAUGAAUACGAGCAAAGCAAAUAAGAAAAAUGAAAAGCAACAAGAGAAAAACAAAAAUUGAGAGCAAAAAGUAGAUGGGUGCGCAAGCAGAAGUUAUAGAAACAAAAUGAUGAGGAAAACCAUAGCGAAAAGAUAGGAAAUCAAGCUAUAGGACGAGAGGAACAGUGUAGAUGACACGUAUGUAUGGUUUACCAUUUCACAGCAGUAUAAUGAACAACGAGACGGGAGCGAAUCGUCUCUGGAAUGAAAACGGAAAUGAAUGCAGUACACACGCUCAACUUACCUGGAUUGGGUUUUUGGAGAAUUUAUGAGAUUGCGAAGCUGGUGCUACUGUGUAUGUACAGGAGGAGCUGAUCGCUGAUCGAUGUAGCUUUUUCGGAAUUUUGGUUCAGUAUGCCACGCGAAAAAGGGGCAUAUUAUUUUUCGUUAUUUUACUGCCACCAAUUUCCGUUUAGUCUCAAUUUCAAAGGAUGUGCAUCCAGGCAACACGACGCUCGGUUUUCACGCCGAGUUCCUUAGGGCCAAUUAUUUUCUCCUCGAUUUAUGUCCUACGGCAAGUGUGUAACCUAGACAAAUCAAUCAAAAGCUAACACUUUCCCAUCCCCUUACGCCCUUUCGCGCGAAACAGUAGGAUCUGAGAUAUGGUCAGAUGGCGAGGCAGCACGGAAGCACUUUACCUCACGCGACAUGGUGCCGAAGGCUACAAAUCCGUU